AUGAACUUCGCGGUAGGGCUGAAGCCGCUUCUGGCGGAGGCGCGGAGCAUGGAGAGCCUGGAGAAGCAGCUCAUCUGCCCCAUCUGCCUGGAGAUGUUCUCCAAGCCCGUGGUCAUCCUGCCCUGCCAGCACAACCUCUGCCGCAAGUGCGCCAACGACGUCUUCCAGGCCUCCAACCCGCUGUGGCAGUCUCGGGGCUCCAGCGCGGUGCCGUCGGGCGGGCGGUUCCGGUGCCCGUCGUGCCGGCACGAGGUGGUGCUGGACCGGCACGGGGUGUACGGAUUGCAGCGGAACCUGCUCGUGGAGAACAUCAUCGACAUCUACAAACAGGAGUCGGCCCGACCCCUCCAUGCCAAGGCUGAGCAGCACCUCAUGUGUGAGGAGCACGAGGACGAGCGGAUCAACAUCUACUGCCUGCGCUGCGAGGCGCCCACCUGCUCCCUGUGCAAGGUGUUUGGGGCGCACAAGGACUGCGAGGUGGCCCCGCUGCCAGCUGUCUACCAGCGCCAGAAGAGCGAGCUCAGCGACGGCAUCGCCAUGCUGGUGGCGGGGAACGACCGGAUCCAGGCCAUCAUCACACAGAUGGAGGAGAUCUGCCACACCAUCGAGGAGAAUGGCCGGCGGCAGAAGCAGCACGUGGGGCUGCGGUUCGACGCGCUGUACGGGAUCCUGGAGGAGCGCAAGAAAGAGCUGCUGCAGAGCAUCGCGGCCGAGCAGGAGGCCAAGCUGCAGCGUGUCCGUGGGCUCAUCCGCCAGUAUGGAGACCACCUGGAGGCCUCCUCCAAACUGGUGGAGUCAGCCAUCCAGGCCAUGGAGGAGCCCCAGAUGGCCCUGUACCUGCAGCACUCCAAGGAACUCCUGAAAAAGAUCACAGACAUGUCCAAGGCAUCAAUGAGCAGCUGCCCUGAGCCUGGCUACGAGAAUAUGGACCACUUCUCCAUCAAUGUGGAUUAUGUGGCUGAGAUGCUGAGGACCAUUGAGUUCCAGACAGAACCACUGGGUGAGGAUGAGGGUGAUGGACCUGGGGACGGCAGUGAGGCUGCAACGGAUGAGGAGCGGCUGGACAGCCUGGAGGUGCCCGAAGCUGCUGAAGAUGUGGGGCUGAGGCAGAAGCCAGCGAGUUCUCCCCAUGGUCAGCACUGAAGUGAAGCCACGGGGUAAUGCUGGCAUGUCCUCAGCUAUGGCUGUCCCU